UUGGUGGCAGUGUUUGUGCUGUUGCAGACUCGCGAGCAAACUCUCGUUCUCUCCUCUCUCUUCCUCUUUCACCGUCAAACCGAGAACCACACACGGCCCCAACCAGCAAAAGGAGAAUCAUUCGGGAUUCGGAGCUACCAGUUCUCGUGGUCAUUUCACACGAGCAAGAAGAAGAAUUUCCACUACACUGCAAGACAUCACCAGCACAAGCAUGAGCAAGCAGUUCACGAAGAGUGAGGUUGCCAAAUACAGCACGAAGGACAAGACCCUGAUAAUCCUCCAUGACAAGGUGUACGACGUCACGGACUUCCUGAACGAGCAUCCAGGUGGCGAGGAGAUCCUUCUGGAUCAUAGCGGCAAGGACAGUUCCGAGGACUUCGACGACAUCGGCCAUUCCAGCGAUGCUUUCGACCUGAUGAAGAAAUACCUAGUCGGAGAACUGGUGCACGAGGAGAAAACCUACAAAACGCCGAAACAAAGCUGGUCGACGUCCUACGGGAAGAACGAGACGAAUAAAAAGAACGAAGGGAUGUCGCCGACUAUCAUGCUCGCCGGCUUAAUGAUCCUUCUCGCGGCUGCGUACUUUUUGUACUUAUAAAUACACGGAGAUGUUGUAACAAGUGAAGUUCGAUUACAAAAGAAUGUGAGAGAGAAUCUGGCGACCGAUGUCGAAGUGUGAAUGAGAGGACUGUCCGUUACAAAGUGACUUCAUUCUGCUGUGUUUCUUUUCUACUUUUCUUCUAAAUAUUCUCAUCCCGCCUGCGUGAAGAGUGCUGUGCGUCGAUUGUUCGGUGAAAUUGAACGAGAGGAUGGGACAGAUCCUUCGAUCCAAGGUGGAUUUUUCUGAGGAUGUGUCCUCGUCGGAGGAGAAUUUCGAUAUUUUUCGGGGAUCUGUUACCUCCUGUGCGAAUGUUUUAACGAAAUAAAUACUGUUUAGAUAACCUCCUCGAAGCUCUACUCAUUAUUCACCGAGAUCAAACGCUAACAGGCACAUCUUAGGAUAACAAGCUGGAUCGUUAUUACCUUUUGGUGUUUGGUUAUCGCGAAAUUUGUAAGAUUGUUUUUUUUACAAAGGAGAUUUAUUUUUCUCACGAAAAAAUUACGAAUAUAUAUCUAUAUCUAUCCCUUUAAACGAAUCAGAUGCAGCUUUCCAUCCGCCAUUGCUUACCCCGGAGAUUUCAA